UUCCAUUUCGUUUCAGUCAGCAGCGGCUUCGCUUCUCCUCCAGUUCCCGUGCGCGUCGGAGAUGGCGACGAGUAGACGCCAUGUAGGUGGAGAACGGGCCGGUGCGGGUGCUGGAGGGGUGUCGUCCUUCGCCGCGUUGCUGCUGGGCUGCGCCGUCGUCAGCGCCGCCGCGCAGGGCCCCCGGCUCCCCUCCGACUACAAAACUCUGAGCGGUGCCGCUCCACUCGUGGUGGCCGAAGGCGGCUUCUCUGGCCUGUUCCCGGACUCCAGCGAGGGCGCGUACGCUUUCGCCGUGGCCGCCAGCGCGCCCGGCACGGCCAUGUGGUGCGACGUCCAGCUGACCAAGGACGGCGUCGGGGUCUGCCUCCGGGACAUCAACAUGAAGAACUGCACCACCGUCGACCAAGCGUUCCCCGCGAGGAGGCGGACCCACGUCAUCGACGGCGUGCGGAAGACCGGCUGGUUUGCCCCGGACUUCACCAUCGCCGAGCUCCAGUCCGUCUACCUGACACAGGCGAUCUGGUCUCGCACCGACAGGCUCGACGCGGGCAUGUACCCGAUCGUCAACGUCACCGGGCUCCCGUCCCUCGUGAAGCCAUCUCCGGUCUGGCUGAACGUGCAGCACCCCACCUUCUACAAGCAGCGCGGUCUGGACAUGAGCAGCUACAUCCUCUCGACCCAUCAAGACCUGGUACCCACCGUGGCAUACAUCUCGUCGCCGGAGCUGGGCUUCCUCCAGACCAUAUCCGCCGUCGCCGGUCGCACUCGCACGACGACCAAGCUCGUUUUCAGCUUCCUCGACAAGGCCCUCCUGGACCACUCCGUCAACAGGACGUACGGCUCGCUGCUGGCGAACCUGACGCUCGUCAGGUCCGUCGCGUCCGGGAUCAUGGUGCCCAAGAGCUACAUCUGGCCGGUGACCGGCGACAACUACCUGCUGCCGUCCACGUCCGUCGUCACGGACGCCCACAAAGCGGGGCUGGAGGUUUAUGCCUCUGACUUCGCCAAUGAUAGGGUCAUCCCCUACAACUACAGCUACGAUCCGGUGGCCGAGUACCUGAGCUUUGUCGGUGAUGGCGGCUUCUCUGUCGACGGCGUGCUGUCCGACUACCCUAUCACUGCGUCAGAGGCAAUUGGUUGUUUUGCCAAACUGAAUUCAAGCAAGACUGAUCAUGGGAAACCCUUGGUCAUCUCGCACAACGGCGCCAGCGGAGACUACCCGGACUGCACAGACCUGGCCUACCACAGCGCGAUCGACGACGGCGCAGACGUCAUCGACUGCCCUGUCCAGGUCACGAGCGACGGAGUUCUUGUGUGCAUGAGCUCCGUCAACCUGCUUGACACCACGAAUGUUCAGACAACUCCUCUCGCGACCCCUCUUUGUCUUGUCCCGGAGAUCCAGUCUACGCCAGGGAUCUUCACCUUCAACCUCACCUGGGCCAGCAUCAGCAGCGGUGCUUUAAAACCCAAGAUUUCUUCCCCGGUGAGUGAGUACUAUCUCGUAAGGAACCCAAGGUACGCAAGCCAAGGGAAGUUUCUGAAGCUGUCCGACUUCCUUGCGAUGGUAAUGGGCAACGAUCUGUCCGGCGCCAUGAUCAUCAUCGAGAACGCUGCGUACAUAGCGACGUCACUAGGAAUCGACGUCGUCGACUCCGUAACCGCCGCCUUGAACGCCGCCGGCUUCGACAAGCAGACGAGCAAGCAAGUCCUCAUCCAGUCGACCGACAGCGCCGUCCUCGUCAAGCUGAAGCAGCAGGGAACAAGAUGCAGGCUCGUCUACACCCUCCCGCUGGGCAUCGGGGACGCCUCGAACUCGUCGCUGCAGGACAUGAAGAACUUCGCGGAGGCCGUGGUCGUCGACAGGGGGUCCGUGUUCGCCGUGAGCUACGCGUUCAUCGAGGGCCAGAACCGUCUCGUGCCGGACCUGCAGGCGGCGGGGCUGGCCGUGUUCGCGCAGGUGUUCCGGAACGAGUUCGUCGCCCGCCCGAUCGACUUCUUCGGGGACGCCACCGUGGAGAUCAACUACUACGUCCAGGCGCUUGGUCUGGCAGGCCUCAUCGCUGAUUUCCCCAGGACGGCCAGGAGAUACAUGGAGAACACCUGCACGGUUCUGGGGAAUGGCAUGCCCGGCUACAUGCGGCCUGUGGAGCCUGGCGCAAUCAUGAAGCUGCUCCGGUCCUUCCAAGCCCAGCCGCCGUACGUGGCGCCGAUGCCGGCGCUGAAUGCGUCGAGCGUGGAGGAGCCGCCUCUUCCUCCUGCCGCGCCAAGAACCGUGCCGCCCGGUGGUGGCCUCUCAGGACCAGCGGACGCCGCCGGAACUCCUGCUGCUGGUGCUCGUCACACGGCUGCCGUAGGCACUGGUCUGCUGCUCGUGGUGGUUUCCGCAGCUUUGCUGGUCUGGGCAGACACACGUGAGACUGUGGCUAAUUUAUAGAUACAGGACUGUACACAGAAUUAAUGUGCGUGUAGCCUAUAUAUACCUCUCCUAGCUAUCCCUCUGUUUGA